AUGAUAUUCCCUUUCACUUUCACAGACUCCAGCCUGAGGAGGAGGUAUGUUAUUUCUGUUCCUCAUCUAGAUGCCCCACCAGAUGUGAAACAAGCAGCAGAGAGAUAUGAGUCUCCCCCCAGGACACCCACAGGAAACGCCCCCUCAUCCGAAUCAGACAUCGACAUAUCCAGCCCCAAUGCAUCCCACGAUGAGAGCGUGACUAAAGACCAGAAAGACUCUGGCAGCGAUCCCUCCCAUCGUCCAAAACGCCGCCGCUUUCACGAGAGCUACAACUUCAAUAUGAAGUGCCCCACACCUGGGUGCAAUUCUUUAGGACAUUUAACAGGGAAACAUGAGAGACAUUUCUCCAUAUCAGGAUGCCCUCUCUACCAUAACCUCUCAGCAGAUGAGUGCAAGGUGAAAGCCAUCGAGCGUGAGAAACAAGAGGAAGAGCGCAGUCAGGGGCAGAAUGAGGAGAACAGACACGCUACUCGACAUCAGGCACCAACUCCAAGACAAGUUCGAUAUAAAGAGAAGGUAAUGGAGAUGAGGAAGAGGAGGGAUUCUGGACUGACAAAAGACCAAAAAGAGAAGUACAUGGAGCACAGACAGACACACGGAACCACGCGUGAACCACUGCUGGAGAACAUCACCAGUGAUUAUGAUCUGGAGCUCUUCAGGAAAGCUCAGGCCCGCGCAGCGGAGGAUCUGGAGAAACUGCGUCUGCAGGGUCAGAUCACAGAGGGCAGUAACAUGAUCAAGACCAUCCUGUUUGGCCGUUAUGAGCUAGACACUUGGUACCAUUCUCCCUACCCUGAGGAAUACGCCCGUCUGGGGCGUCUGUACAUCUGUGAGUUCUGCCUCAAGUAUAUGAAGAGUCAGACCAUCCUGCGCAGACACAUGGCCAAAUGUGUGUGGAAACACCCUCCUGGUGAUGAAGUCUACAGAAAAGGUGCCAUUUCUGUGUUUGAGGUUGAUGGGAAAAAGAACAAGAUCUAUUGCCAGAAUCUUUGUUUGCUGGCCAAGCUGUUUCUGGACCAUAAAACACUGUACUAUGACGUGGAACCUUUCCUGUUUUAUGUCAUGACUGAAGCUGAUAACACAGGCUGUCACCUCGUGGGAUAUUUCUCAAAGGAGAAGAACUCAUUCCUGAAUUACAAUGUGUCCUGUAUCCUGACUAUGCCACAGUACAUGAGGCAGGGCUACGGCAAGAUGCUCAUUGAUUUCAGUGAGUACAUCAACAAUUGA